AUGGGCCCCCCGCUGUUGUCACUAAUGCCCACUUUUCUUUGUUGGGCCACGAGCGAGGAGUCAACACAAUUGCCUACUCAACGUGAGCCCCGCAGCAGCAGCAGCAGCAGCAGCAGCAGCAGCAGCAGCAGCAGUGGUGGUGGUGGUAGCAGCAGCAGCAGCAGCAGCAGCAGUGGUCGGGUCCUGCAGAGAGAGCCGGAAGCCGGCAGCUUAGUGCUGUCGGGGCACAGCAAAAACGUGAGCGCAGUGCUGUGCCCCCCCGGGGGCCCCCACGCGCUGCCGCUGCUGUUCUCUGCUGGCGAAGACGGCCGGCUGUGUCUUUGGCGCUGCCCCACUUUUCGAGAAGAGGGGCUGCUGGACUUGGGCCUGGAGCGCCUGUGGGCCCUCGCAGCAAGGCCUCCUGCUGCUGCUGCUGAGGGCGGCCUGGGGGGCCUCGUCCUCGCCGUCGGCACGGACAGCGGCACCCUCGUCCUCAAGAUGGGGAAGGACGGCCCCGUGGUGUCCUGCCACGGGGGCAAGGCCGUGGUGGCGCGGGGCUUCGAAUUGCUGCAGUUCAAUUUGAAGGCCAUUGACGAAAGCGUUCCUGACGGAGAAAAGGUCCAGUGCCCCGCCAAGGAAAUUGGAAACUCCGAUAUCUUUCCCCAAAGCAUCUCUCACCACCCGAACGGCAGAUUCAUCGCAGUUGUCGGCGACGGCGAAUACGUCAUUUACACGGCCCAAGCGUACAACUUCACGCCGCCGUUCAGGUUGCUCGCUGCUCGUGUAGGCCGGCUUAAGGGUCGGCAGCAGCUGCAUGCGGCGUACAACUUCACGCCGCCGUUCACUGUGGAGGAGAUAUUUGGGGGAUAUCUUUUGGGCGUGCGCAGCGACGACGCAGUUUGCUUUUAUGACUGGAACAGCUACAGGCUGAUCCGGCGCAUCGAAGUUUGCCCCACAGCUGUCUACUGGUCGCCCGAUGGCAUGCAAGUGGCCAUUGUGGCUCGAGACCCUCUUGCUGCUGGUCCCACCGCCCAGGCUUCAGGGGGCGAACGGCUGUACGUGCUGCGGCAUGACAAGUACGCAGUUAUGGCGGCGAACACGGCCCAGGCCCUGGAGGAGGAGGGGGGGAUUCCCAUUGCUUUUGAGCUCUUCGUGUACAUGACUCGGGGCUGCCGGCUGUGCUGCUUCUGCGCGGGCCGAACUCAAACGCUGCAUGCGCUCGAGACUCAAGAGCUGCGGCUGCUGGCCUACGUGCCCGAGCACAGCCGCCUUUACCUCAUCAGCCCCUCGCACGCCCUCUACGCCUUCACGCUCCACCAGGCCGUCGUCCAGUACCAAGGCGCCAUUGCGCGCGGAGACCUGCAAACUGCGGAGGAGAUUUUCCCUCAGCUGCCGCUGGAGGCUCACGACGAAGCAGCAAGAACUCUCCAGGCUCACGGAUACAUUGCGGAGGCCUUGACCGUGGCGCGCGACGAGCAGCUCCGUUUUGAACUCGCGCUGUCUAUCGGGAACCUUCACAUGUGCGCGGAGCUCAUCAGAGGCAGCAGCAGCAGCCAGGCGGUGCAGCGGCAGCGCUGGGCUGCAGUGGGCGACGCGGCGCUGCAGAAGGGCGCUUUCACUCUUGCUGCUGCAGCAUUUUGGGAGUGCGGAGACUACCCGAGUUUGCUGCUGCUGUACAGCAGCAGCGGAGAUGUGGAGCGUCUGCGUCAGCUGGGCGCAGCAGCAGCAGCAGCGGAGCAGCAGCAAAUUGCCUUCGUGUGCUACUUGCUGUCACAGCAAAUGGAAGAAUGCGUUGAUCUGCUGCUGGCAGCAGAACGAGCUCCGGAAGCUGCUCUCUUUGCCCGCACUUAUUGCCCUUCGGCAGUGGACAAAGCCGUGAAGGCCUGGAGGCAGUCGCGGACUGCUGCUGCUGCUGCUGCUGCAGCUGCUGCUGCAACGACACACGGCGUUACAAGGCGAGGCGGAGCGGAAAACGCGCAGCUUCAGGAGAAUGAAGAGGUACUGCAACUUGGUCCUGUCGACCAAAGAGUAAAGAUGCCAGCAUAUCCUUCGGAGCAGCCAGAUGCCUUCCCGAAUUGGGAGCUAGCCAAACAGGCUGAAGGAGUGCUUUCUGAACUUUACCGCCGAAAGCUUCCGGCUGGGUCUUACUCAAAAGUGCAGGAGCUGCUGGAGGCCGACAUCUUGCAAACCAUUGAAGAGGCGGGGCCAGACGCACUGCGGAAGCUAAUGAACGACGCAGCACCUUUCUCUUUGAUGGAGGAUUCGCAGGAGCAAAUCCCGCGUGUCAACGGCGACGUGGCGGAGCCUUUGUCAGGGACGCCUAUGACGGCAGCAGCUGGGGGCCCGUCGCCCACAAGUGUAGGAGAUGCACUGUCUUCUCUGUCGCCCGACGGGUGGAAGCAGCCGCAGCAGCAGCAGCAGCAGCAGCUGCUGCAGCAGGGCCUGUCCCCGCCGCACCAGCUGGGCGAUUCGGUCAAGCCGCAGCAGCAGCAGCUGCUCGAGCAGCAGGAGUUCUCCUCUCCUUUAGGCUACAACUCUUCGCUUUCUCCCCACCCGCAGCAUCUGCAGCAGCACGAGCAGCAGAUGUCCAAUCCUUUUGCAGCAGCAGCAAAUCCCUUCAGCAGCCCGGGACUGGCGAAGGACGCAUCCACCGCGGGCAGCAGCGGCACUUACAUGCCGGGGCACACGGAGCAGCAGCAGCAGCAGCAGCAGCAGUUCCGGGAGCAGCUGCACGAGAAGCAGCUGCUGCAUGAGCAGCAGCAGCGGCUGCACGGCGACGCCAAGCGGCUGGCAGGGGCAGAAUGGGGAGAUGAAGACGAAGACCAAAUAGAGUUAUGA